GGUGAGUAGGGGUGGAGGACCCGGAUGCCGCCGUGGCGUUCCGGCAUCUGGCAAGAUGGCGGUGGGCCCUGCCGCGACGCCGCUCGAGCAGGAGGGGAUUCAUUUGCUUCAGCACACAGUGGGCUCAUUCUUCUCAGAAUACGGAUGGUACAUCCUUUUCGGCCUCAUUGCUAUUUUUCUGCUUGUGCAAAGGCUUGCCAAGAGCUUUCGAGGCACCAGCAGGUCCCAUUUGGACACGACAGCUGUUGAACCGGAUGCUGUGGUUAGACGACAAGAAGCUCUGCUUGCUGCCCGUAUGAGAAUGCAGGAAGAAUUGAAUGCACAAGCUGAAAAAUUCAGAGAGAAACAGAGGAAGCUUGAAGAAGAAAAGAGAAAACAAAAAAUAGCUAUGUGGGAAAGCAUGCAAGAAGGUAAAAGCUACAAGGAGACUUUCCAACAGAACCAGGAACCUGAGCCUGGAGCCUCAACAUCAGCUGCUGUCCCAAAGCCAAAACCAAAAAGAAAACCUUUACGAACCAGUGGUUAUAACCCUCUGUCUGGAGAAGGCGGUGGGACUUGUUCAUGGCGACCAGGACGCCGAGGCCCCUCCUCCGGUGGAUGAGGCUAGUGCUGCUGGUGUCUUCACCUUGACACUGGCAGGCAUUAACUGAACCUCACAACUGUGGCUGUCUAUGGCUUGCUUGACACGGAGCUUGGGGUGGUAGGACAGUUGACAGUCGUGUCCUGUCGUGGCCUUGAUGAUGUGCGAAACAAAAGACCUCAGUACAGCAGAGUGACCUGAAGGCUGCUGGAAGGAAAUGGCGGGUGUUGACGGGAAGCCGCAUCACGGGGGCUGGCUGCUGAUUUCCACUUUAAAGAGGCCUUGUGUCUAUGGCCUGCCACUUUAGUCAGAACAGCUGGCUCUUUGUUUGGGACCCGAGCUUCUCCAGUCCGGUGAAGCUGGUGUGUCGUUCACAGGUUUCUGUUCUGUGAGGUGGGAACGUUGCCAAGCUGCCUUUCAAGUCGUGUUCCCUUGCUGUUGAAACUGCAGUGUGAAGAGAAAGUGGCUGGAUGCCUCCCGCCACCACCACUCAGUUUUGCAGCAUCUGUGGCCAACCCCACCCCCAGCAGAUUUGCAGGAGAACAAGGCACAUGAGGAGCGGGCUCCCUGCUUGCAAACAGACUCUUGCACCUGGAACUGCAGUUCUCUUUGGAAACAAGGUGGAUGCCCCCCAUGUGCCUCAUCUUCUAGUGGAAUUGCGGCCAUUUUUGCCACAGCAGAGGCACAUUUGGUGGUGGGAGGGGGUGCAGGCCCUAGUGGGUCCCUGAGGAAGGGGGUUGUGCAGGCCCUCACUAAUCCUCAGGAGUAUCUCUCCCUUAGUGUUUGAGGCUGGUACUGCCAAAGUGCCUCUGGCUCUGAUGGCAGGAAAGCCCCGUUUAAAAGGAUAAACAUUGAAGCGAAAUGCAGCUCAUAGCAAGGAAAGAAACAAGUGUCAGGGAGAAGUGCAAUGACUCGCAGUCAAGAUUAUGCAGAACCAUAAGGCCUUUGGAGUUGGGAGCAUGUUGCGCUAUGCUCCUUUGCAUCUUGGGAUCCCAAAGAUCUCCUGCCAGCAGUUUCUGAAGUAGCUCUGUGAUGCAUUCAUCCUGUGGACACAUGCAUGUAACAAUGCCUUACAGGGCACGUCACAUGGUUUUGAGCUUGGCUCUGAGGGGUAAUCCAUACAGGGUCAUGCUAAUGAUGUGAAUGAAAGUAACUCCUUGUAACAAGCAGCAUGGAAUGAAAUGGUCCUUCUAAAUGGCGAACUUGUCACUGAGGACCACUGAAGCUAGCCAGCCACUGGGGGUAGUUCUUGCCAUAUCUUCCUCCUCGUUUAAUCCGCUUUUUACAACAAAUAGCAUUGUAAAUAACAUGCACAAUCUUGUUUCUACAGCUUUUUCUAUAGAGAAAAUGGUGUCAUUUUAGCUUGAUAAAUGUGUUUUAAGAUUGUAGUCCUGUAUAUACUUACCUGGGAAUGAGUCUCUUCAAAUUCAGGAGGCUUACUUCUGAGUAGACAUAUGGAAGAUUGCACUGUGAAGCCAACAUUCCCAAGUUCUUUGUGGCUCCUUCUGGGCAGAAGGUAUCCCCUCUUCCCCCUGCCCAACAUAUUGUUACUUAAUAAAAUAUUUAUAUAGUG